AUAUAUAUAUAUAUAUCUAUAUAUAUAUAUAUGUGUGUGUGUGUGUGUCGUUGACAACUCCUUCUGUAAAAAUUAUUUUCUAAGAAUAAUUUCCACAAGAAGCGAUUUCUUAUAUUGUAAAUAGGCAUAUUUUUAUAUCUGAACGCAACCACUAAUUUAUUUGUACGUUCUGUUUAAGCGUAGUUGAUGUUUUAAAGCAAAUUUUUAUCAACAGUUGUAAAUAAAAGAUUGGCCGUAUUAAACGACCAUCGCAAGCUGACUCAUAGAUAUUAUUUUUUUAUACGACUCAUAAAUUUACGCUCUAAUAGUUUAUUAAAGUAAGAAACGUUUAACGUAGCUAAUUAUUAUCUUAAUAUCAUAAAUUAUAAAUAUUUUAAAUAUGAAUGCACGCAGCAGAUAUCUGAAACACGACAAUACAAAUCUCAAGGAUUCUUUAAAUAAUUUAUUUCUACAGAGAAAAUAUAUAAAUACGGUUGUUGCAUGUUAUCUUCAUGUCAUAUGCAAACAAGAGCUACGUUCGAUUAGAGUUAACGGGAAGAAAUAAAAAUCAGUAAUAGAUAAAUAUGCCGAAAACGAUUAUGGUAGGAUACAGUACCGAUGAGAAAAUAAAAAAAAAUGUUCAUAACGUUAAGAAAAUGGACGACCAGAUGAAAAACAAGUCAACUCUAAUUUCGACAAACGCCAAUCGUAAAAAACGUAUUGUUCGAAAGAUAUUUCAAGAUUUCACUGGUUCCAGUUCGUUACAUGGUGUAAAAUAUCUUGGAAUGCAACCUAUCGUUACCAGUUACAUAGGAAAAUUUUUAUGGCUUUGUACAAUGAUCACAGGAAUUGUUGGUGCGGAUAUGAUGGUGAAAAAAUUGUGGCAACACUUGGACGAAAAUCCGAAAGAAUUUUUCAUAGAAACAUUUCAUGCACCUAUAUUUCUCGCCGCAUUUCCAGCGAUCACAAUUUGUCCUAACGUACCGACUAUGCUAACAACACAAAUGGAUUUAAUGGAGUAUAUAAAAUUGCCUGCAAAUAUGAGCGUCGAGGAAGCAAUGUUUUUCAUCAGAUAUGGAGCUCUAAUAACUAUGCAAGAGUUAAACGAUGAACGUUUAAACAAAUUUAAUGCAUUUUUAAGAGAAAAUCAAUGGCAAUUAAUAGACUUUUUGAAAAUUCUCAAUCCUUGUGAAACUAUGAUCGAAUCUUGUUGGUGGCAUAAAAAGAAAAUAAAUUGUACCGAUUAUAUAAAACAGUCUUAUACUAACAACGGAAUAUGCUGUUCUUACAAUUAUUACUUAGAGCAUCUUAUGAAAUAUAACAUACGAUUUCAAGAAGUACCUGUACUUCGUACGGCUCAUUCUGGAUCAAACUCUGGUCUCACUGUAAUAUUCAAUCGUGAUCUCUUCGUUGAAGAUAAGAAAACAGAAAAGAAAAAUUUUGUAAACAGCAUCAAACUUUUGGUUUAUGUUCAUCACACUUUGAGUUAUCCAAACGCCGAGACUGUUGGAUAUACUUUGCAAAAAGGAGAAGAAUUAAUGUUAAGCGUGCAACCGGUUAUUAAAAAAAAACCAUCAAAUCUUUAUCACGAAUACUUCAAUGGUAUUUUACAAUCCGAAUGCAUUACAAAUUCAGAAAAAAGUAAAUUACGCUUUUUCAUCGAGUAUGAACAAUCAAAUUGCUUUGUUAAUUGUUUGAUCACAAAUAUAUACAACGCGUGUGGUUGUCUUCUUUACAUUUACGCACCAAUGGCAAAUUAUACUUCAUUGCCGUUAUGUGAAUUGGAAGAUACCAAGUGCUUAUAUAAAUACAUGAAUCGUAAAAAGUCAAUGAAUUAUGACACUUGUUUAUGUGUAAAUCUUUGCGAAGAUACAACAUACCAGAUAUCGUCGAUCAAAUAUUUAUUGAAAGGGCCACAAUUAUCUGUUUCACCGAUUUAUCAACAUUUAUCGCCUUCUCACACGAUUUUAAACGUUUACUGGAAAAUGGACUUCUUCAUGACCUUCAGAACGAAAUCUACUUUGGUUGGUUGGAAAAAUCUUGCCGAAGUAGGUGGAAUAUUCAGCCUAUUUCUUGGUUGUAGUAUCAUUAGCACCGUGGAAAUCUUAUAUUUCGUUUAUCUUUUUCUUCGUAAAAUUUUUACGAAGAAACAAACUUAUAAUUAAGUUAAUACAUCGUGGAAUAAUUUAUAUUGAUAUUGAUAAUAAACAUUGAGUAGCUUUCCGAAAUAUCGAUUGUUUCCUCUGUUCAUACCUUAAGUAAAAUCAGUAAAAAAAAAAAAAA